AUGGAAUAUUAUUGCAAAAAGUCAUGGCAGAGUGGCCAUUUCAUCGGGAGAGUCAAGAGCCACGAUGAGCUAAUCGAAAACGCUCGCAAACUCAUUCAAGACUUUCAGAAUGCCCGUUCAGAAAUUGGAGAUGACUUUCCAUCUCUCGUCGAAACCGCCAUUGAACUCGAAGAACUCGACAAGUCUAUCGCUCUCGUCCAACGAGAGGAGUCGCUUCGGACCGCAGCAGUGAUCAGAGAGAUAAAGGGCACUAUCAGAAGUGUCCACUAUCAAAGUUGGGAAGCCGUUCGAGUAGUCGGGAAGAAAAAGAAGGCUGUAGAGAAGAAUAGACCGGACGCUAUGGUUCCAAAGAGAUAUAUCCAUUCAUUCAGGCCCAUGCCCAAGUGGGCUAUCAGGACUCGGGAUAACCUUGAUAAUGCUAUAUUGUGCGCGCAAGUUGGUGUCAUCGGCAACGAAAAGGUUGGGUUUUCAACUCGGCCUCACGAAGUGUUUGAGAUGGAUAGAAAGGUCAAAGACGUUCUUGGUAUUCACAUGGUUCUUGCUUUGAGAAUGUGGGAUGAUCCUACUUGCGUCGAUGGCCGGGGCAUCUCUCUUGGCGAUGAGUCUAAUAGCAAGGAAACUCGUCAGCAUGGUACAGCGGUCGAAGGGGAAGACAAGGAAACGCAUAAUCCAGAGGAGAAUGAUGUUUAUGGUAAUGUUACCCUCGACCAGGCGCGUGCCAUGGCCGGUGAAGAUGGGGUGCAAGGUUGGACUGAAGCUGCGAGGUUGCAACCUCGAAGAAUGAAACGAUAG